UACACGUCUAUUUUUCUCAUGAGUCUCGAGUCUCAAAAUAUUAAAUAAUAAUGAGAGUCAGAGAGUGAGAGGAAUUUUCAGAGAAGUUUACGAAGUCAAUGGAGUCAAUUUAAAAAAAACAGAGUCAGAUUCUAAUGGUUCUUCACCAAAAUCCAUAUAUGUAUGGAAACACUCCAAUUCUCCAUUACCCAUUAGCCAAAAACUGUUAUAAUCUCCAUUUCUCGUUCCUAAAAUUUCUCCACUGUUACAACUCAUCAAGAAAUCCAUGGUUGAUUCCUCUUCUUCCUCAGCUGAAACCAAACUCGCAACGGCCAAGAUGGUUUUGUCGACGGCGGCGUCAGUGGCCGCCACAGCAAUGCUUGUACGGUCACUAGUGAAUGAUUUCAUGCCCGAUGAAAUCCAAGUCCUGUUGUUCUCUGGCAUCAGGAAUUUCUUGAAUCGAUUUUCGUCCCAGAUGACUAUGGUGCUUGACGAGUUCGAUGGUCUGGUCAACAAUGAAAUCUACGAGGCUGCGGAGGUUUACCUCGGUGAGAAAGUCUCUCCCUCGACGCAGAGACUCAAAGUGAGUAAAGCCGAGAAGGAGAAGAACUUCACCGUCGCCAUGGAACGCGGCGAGACCAUUGUGGACGUCUUUAAUGGAGUCAAAUUCACAUGGAUUUUGGUCUGUAGACAUAUCGAGUCCAAAAACUUUUACAACCCUCGAGAUCUCAAUUCCACGCUCCGAUCGGAAGUUCGCUCGUUCGAGCUCAGCUUCCAUAAGAAACAUCUGGACAUGGUUCUCAAAUCUUACUUGCCUCACAUUCUGACUGAUUCCAAAUCGGUCAAACAGGAGAAGAAGACCCUCAAGAUCUUCACCGUUGACUACGAGAAUAUCUACAACAUCGCAGAUGCUUGGAUGCCAACGAAUCUCGACCACCCGGCGACGUUCGAGACUCUGGCUAUGGACUCGGAGAUCAAGAACUUCAUUCUUGAUGAUCUUGAGAGGUUCGUGAGGAGGAAGGACUAUUACAGAAAAGUUGGGAAAGCAUGGAAGAGAGGCUACUUGUUGUACGGACCACCUGGCACUGGAAAAUCGAGCUUGAUUGCGGCCAUGGCCAACUAUCUGAAUUUCGAUGUGUAUGAUUUGGAGCUUUCGGAGCUCCGGGUCAAUUCGGACCUUAGGAAAUUGCUGAUUGCAAUGGCGAACAGGUCCAUAUUGGUGGUCGAAGAUAUCGAUUGUUCUGUCAACUUUGAUGACCGAAACAAGGCUGUGGCAGACUCUUCAAAUCCUCAUGCAACGACUAACGAGAAACAGGUGACUCUGUCUGGCUUGUUAAAUUUCAUCGACGGGUUAUGGUCAAGCUGCGGCGACGAGCGCAUCAUAAUAUUCACAACCAAUCACAAAGAGCGGCUCGACCCGGCACUGCUGCGGCCAGGUCGCAUGGACGUUCACCUCCACAUGUCUUACUGCACCCCAGGUGGGUUCAGACUGCUGGCAUCGAACUACCUCGGCGUCAAGCACCAUCCCCUGUUCGAGGAGAUCGAGCAGCAGCUUAAAUCCACAGAAGUGACCCCUGCAGAAGUGGCUGAGGAGCUCAUAAAGAGUGACGACCCUGAAGCUGCCCUGGGAGGUCUUGUUGAGUUUCUCAAAGUGAAGAAGAAGGAAAAUGAAGAAGCUAAGCUGAAGAAGGAGAAAGAAGAGGAUGAAAAAGAUGUUGCUAAGGCAGAAUCGCUUGCUAAAGAAGAGAAUGGUACAACUUUAGUUGAUACAGAGGCAGAUGUAGCUGAAGAGCUCGUAAAGGGUGACCACCUUGAAGUUGCCUUGCAAGGCAUUGUUGAUUUGCUCAAAGUGAGGAAGAAGGAAAAUGGGAAAGCCAAGGUGGAGAAGGAAAAACAGAGAGAAGAAGCUGGUAAGGAAAAUGGGAAAGCCAAGGUGGAGAAGGAAAAACAGAGAGAAGAAGCUGGUAAGGAAAAUGGGAUAGCCAAAGAUGUUGAAGCAGAAUCAGAAGCUGAAGAAGUGAAGAGUAGUAUCAAUGUUGGUUGUUGAUGUGCAGGGUCAGUCUUGAGAGCGGCUAUAGGACUGUGUAUUUGGGCUAUGGUAAGUUGAUGACAAUGGCCCAAAAAAGUGAGAAUUACAUAGAACUAAUACAAUCUUUUUCGUACAGCUACAUUUCAUAUUUUAACAAAGGGGUUUAGAAAAUAAACACAUUGAUGGUGUUUAUCAGAGUAUGUAUUAGCCCCCAAUGUAGCUCUUAUAUUUUCUAAUGUCACAUUUGAACUAAUCAAUUAUUGGUUAUGUGGCUCUAAAAUAAACCAAAGUAAGGCACUGAAAAAUGUAAAAGAUAUACCUUAUUCUUCCAAGAAUUAUCCCAACAUUAUCCUUCCUAAAAUUAGGAUUUGUUUCCAUACAUAUAUAUAUAAGAAGGAAAUUAUGUUUUAAGUGUUA